CUCUAGGGUUAGGGCUUGCAUAAAGAAACCUAAAAGCAAACCUCUCUCCCUCUUCUCUUAUUUUCUUUUUCUUUCCUUUUUUUGCAGGAUUUUGUUGUGAUUAGGUCGAAGAAGAAGUAAAUUUGUGAAUCAUAUAUAUUAGGUUCCUCGUCUUUCAAGAAUUAAUAUAUUUCAAAGAAAGAAGAAAGGGGUAUAAUCAAGAAUAGGGAUUUACAAAAUGAGGAAGAGGCAAGUAGUAGUUAGAAGAACAGAAGAACCAUCAAGAAGCUCUUCUACUUCGUCUUUCACUAUUAGAAGUGUAAAGUAUGGAGAGUGCCAAAAAAAUCAUGCGGCGAACGUUGGCGGUUAUGCCGUCGAUGGGUGCAGAGAAUUCAUGGCUAGUGGUGAAGAAGGCACAUCUCUUGCACUCACUUGUGCUGCUUGUGGUUGCCACAGGAAUUUCCACAGAAGGGAAGUAGAGACCGAGCUAGUAUGCGAUUGUUCUUCGCCUACUUCCAAUGGAAAUGGGACUUAAAUGUUUUCUUAUCUCUUCUUCUAUGUAGCUAAGUAUCCAACUUCUUGUCUUAGUGUUUUUGACUUCUGAUUUUCUUGUUUGGGUCUGAAAUUCUUCUUCUUGUUGCUGUGAUUUUCGCCCUAGUUUCUAAGGUUGAUCAACAUCAAUAAACCUCGGAUUGAAGUCCCAGGAAGAAAGUGGAAAUUGGAAAUUGUAUGGGUGUUUGGUGUGUUAUUUAUGAAUCAAGAGCACCACAAAAUGUAAAUUGGUGGUAUUAUGAAGAUGAAUUAAAUAGGAGUGAAUAAUUAAGCUUUGUAAUCCAGUAUUUAUAUUAUUGUUUUCGGAUUUCUGAGUAGCUUAGAAAUGUUUUUCUUGAUGAGAGGUGGGAAUUUAAUGGAGAAAAAAAAAAGAUAAUGGUUCUUUAUGUGUGAUUUUUAUGAAAUUAGUGUGAGAUUUGAGACAA